AUGCAAGCUCAGGAUCGUGCUCAUCGUAUCGGUCAGAAGAGAGAAGUUCGAGUAUUGCGUUUGAUCACGACGAAUUCUGUAGAGGAACGAAUCUUAGCAGCGGCCAAGUACAAGCUCAAUGUUGACGAGAAAGUUAUCCAAGCUGGAAAAUUCGAUCAGCGAUCCACAGGAGCGGAAAGAAAGCAAAUGCUGGAGCAGAUCAUUCGUGCUGAAUCUGAGGAUGAUGAAGAUGAUGAAGUUCCGGACGACGAAACAAUAAAUCAAAUGAUAGCCAGAUCUGAAGAAGAAUUCAAUCUAUUCCAGUCGAUGGAUAUUGAUCGACGAAGGGAGGAGGCAGGACAACUUCAUAGAAAACCCCGUCUCCUAGAAGAGAAUGAGAUUCCGCACGAUAUUCUGAAGGCAUCUGAUGAGUUUGCAGAAUUAGAACGGGCUCAGCGUGAGGGAGUUAUCAAGGAGGAUCCGUAUGCGACAGGAAGACGACGUAGACGUGAGGUUGACUAUUCAACGGAUCUCAUGUCGGAUGACCAGUGGCUGAAACAGAUAGACGACGCGUUGUACAAUAUCGAGGGAAGCGAUAUCUACAAUGAUUCGAUGUUACUCGAAGCAGUUUGGAUGAAGAUCACCGGUGGAGAUCCUAUGGCUCUCCUGAAAGGAAGAACAAGUGAUAGUGGCAGUCAAUCUGGUAGUAAUCAGAAGGAAAAAGCGGCUGUGGAUGACGGCGAUUCCCGAGAUCGAACUCCUUCCAAGAGGGACAACGAGGGAUUGGUUGCUGUGGUAACCGGAGGCGCCUCAGGACUUGGUCGUGGCACCGUGGAAACUCUUGUGAAGGCGGGGGCUAACGUCGCUAUCCUCGACUUGCCAUCGUCGAAAGGUGCAGAUGUGGCAAAGGAACUUGGACAGAAUGUUCUGUUCACUCCAACAAACAUCACAACCGAUUCGGAGGUUCAAGCAGCUUUUGAAGAAGUGAAGGGCAAGUUCGGUCGGUGUGAUGCUGUGGUUAAUUGUGCUGGUGUUGCAAUGGCAUUCAAAUUGUACAGCGUUACUAAGAAGAAGAUUGGCCGAUCCAGAGAAAAUACGAAAGACCAUUGA